AUGGAGUCUGUGUCUGUCAGUUCUCAGCUGAACAAAAGCGUUCGUCAGCAGUACAUGCAACUGCCUCAGGGCGCCAGGUGCCAGGUGACCUACGUGUGGAUCGACGGGACCGGAGAAGGACUGCGCAACAAGACCCGGAGUCUGGAGCAGGAGCCCAAGACCCUCCAGGACAUCCCAGAGUGGAACUUCGAUGGUUCCAGCACGUACCAGGCCGAGGGCUCAAACAGCGACAUGUACCUCAUCCCUGUCGCCAUGUUCAGAGACCCCUUCACCCUGGACCCCAACAAACUGGUGCUGUGUGAGGUGCUCAAGUACAACCGGCUGCCGGCGGAGACGAACCACCGGGCGCGCUGCAAGAAGAUCAUGGAACAGGUGAAGGAGGAGGUGAUCUGGUUCGGGAUGGAGCAGGAGUACACUCUGUUUGGGGCGGACGGACACCCCUUCGGCUGGCCCAAGAACGGAUACCCCAGACCCCAGGGUCCGUACUACUGUGGUGUGGGUGCGGACUGUGCUUAUGGCAGAGAUGUCGUAGAGUGUCAUUACAAAGCCUGUCUUUACGCUGGACUCAAUAUCUAUGGCACCAACGCGGAGGUCAUGCCAGCACAGUGGGAGUUCCAGAUUGGCCCCUGUGAGGGUCUGGACAUGGGAGACCACCUGUGGAUGGCCCGGUUCCUCCUGCACCGCGUGUGUGAGGACUUCGGGGUGAUCCUGACCCUCGACCCCAAACCCAUGAUGGGAAACUGGAACGGAGCCGGCUGCCACACCAACGUCAGCACCAAGGCCAUGCGGGAGGAGGGCGGACUCAAGUUCAUCGAAGAAGCCACGGAGAAGCUCGGCAAGCGUCACAAGAAGCACAUCGAGCAUUACGACCCGCACGGAGGCCGGGACAACCAGCGGCGCCUGACCGGCCUGCACGAGACCUCCAGCAUCCACGACUUCUCCACCGGUGUGGCCAACCGUGCCGCCAGCAUCCGCAUUCCUCGCCACGUGGGUCAGGAGAAGAAGGGAUACUUCGAAGACCGCAGACCUGCCGCCAACUGCGACCCUUACUCUGUGACCAUGGUGCUGGCCGAGACCAUGCUCCUGCCGCCUGAGCUGCACGACAAAGAGUACAAAUUCGAGAAAGAAUAUAUGUUCGACAAGGAGUAG